AUGGAAGAGCGGAGGCUGACCGGAAACUCUAACUCUAAUAAUGUCCAGCUUCCAUCAACGAUGAUAGAGGAGAUUCUAUCAAGGCUACCAGUGAAGUCCUUAUGCCGCUUCAAGUGUGUCUCAAAGCCAUGGAGUUCCCUAAUCUCCGACGACCCCAGUUUUGAGGAGGUUCGAGAAAUUCCACUGCCGCGCGAAAUCAACUCUUCUCAAACUCGUCGUAGUAAGCUCGGGGUCUUCAGGGAAUGGUUAUGUGUAACGCUUGAAGGUGAUUAUGGUAAUGCAACACCAACAUACAAUGAGUUUUGGGUUAUGAAGGAAUAUGGAGUGGGCGAAUCUUGGACUAAAAUGAGGGUCUCCAUCCCAUAUUGCAACUUGUCACAUUCUGGUUUCUGGACAAAGUCUCAUGAUUUGAUGGUGUUUGAAGAAGAGUUGGUUAUGUACAAUUUUAACAAUCACAGCUUUCAGAAUCUAUACGUUCGUGAAAUCGGCAAAGUUGGUAGUGUUUUAACAUACUUAGAGAGCCUUGUUUCGCUUAAAUAG